UUACACACUUGAGAGUAAACUUCUUAAACCAAAAAAGGGAAAAGGUAACUGAAGCGGCCUUUUGGGCUUUAGAAAAGGAAAGGAGUAACAUGGAAGGCAAGAGACACGUGGCAAGUAUAACAGUUAGAGAGAGAGAGAGAGAGAGAGAAUCUCGAAUCUGUAAGUCGUACUAAGAUCGAGAGAAGUCUAAUGAUUCCUCUCAAUCAUAUCAUCAAGACUCAGUUCUCUGUUGUUCUUCCCUCUCCAGAGUCCACCGUCAAAAUCGCUGCUUUUGGUUUGCGUUGGGAUUAGGGCUUGACACUUGACAGAAUGAUAGCGCGGAUCCUCACCGCCUUGGCCGAUUCCAUGGAGAUUCCCGCGGCUGCCGGUGAAUCGGUGCUGGGUACCAUCAAAAUCGCCGUGAUGCCAAUUGCUAAAGUUUUCACCAUGUGCUUCUUGGGCCUUCUCAUGGCCUCCAAGUACGUAAACAUCUUGCCUCCCUCCGGCCGCAAACUCUUGAACGGGUUGGUAUUCUCGCUUUUGCUUCCAUGCUUGAUCUUUUCACAGCUCGGACAAGCCGUCACUCUCCACAAGAUGCUUCAGUGGUGGUUCAUUCCGGUGAAUGUCGUUCUUGGUACAAUCUCAGGAUCGUUAAUCGGCUUGGUUGUUGCUACCAUUAUUCGUCCGCCUUACCCUUAUUUCAAGUUUACAAUCAUACAAAUCGGAGUUGGUAACAUCGGCAAUGUGCCUCUUGUUUUACUAGCGGCUCUAUGUAGGGACACCUCCAACCCUUUUGGUGACUCCGAUAAAUGUAGCAUUGACGGCACUGCUUAUAUCUCUUUUGGUCAAUGGGUUGGUGCCAUCAUCCUCUACACAUAUGUGUACCAGAUGUUGGCUCCUCCUCCAGAAGGGUUUGAUGCUGAUGAAGAUAGUCUUCCUCUGAAAAACCUUCCUGUAGAUCCUGCUCCAGAGCAAGUCCCCUUGCUUACUCAAAAUUACCCCAAGGACAUUUCACCUGCUCAAGUUCGCCUGGCUGUACAGAGCACCGAACCUAGAGGAAGCGGGGAUUCAAGGAAAGGCAAGAUUACACAGAUCUUUGUUUUCCUCUACGAGAAGUUGAAACUGAAGCAAAUUGUCCAACCUGCAAUAGUUGCUUCAAUUCUUGCCAUGAUACUUGGUGCAAUACCGUUCACGAAGAAGUUGAUAUUCACAAAUGGUGCCCCUCUGUUCUUCUUCACAGAUAGCUGCAUGAUUCUUGGGGACGCCAUGAUACCGUGUAUCUUGCUGGCACUUGGGGGGAAUCUCAUUAAUGGACCAGGAAGUUCAAAACUUGGUUUCAAGACAACAGCGGCAAUUAUAGUAGGACGGUUGGUGUUGGUGCCACCAGUAGGACUAGGGAUAGUGACAUUAGCAGACAAACUUGGGUUCCUUCCUGCUGAUGACAAGAUGUUCAGAUUUGUGUUACUCCUUCAGCACACAAUGCCUACCUCUGUGCUCUCGGGAGCUGUUGCCAAUCUUAGAGGCUGUGGAAGGGAGUCGGCUGCUGUGCUCUUCUGGGUUCACAUUUUUGCCAUCUUCUCAAUGGCUGGAUGGAUGGUACUGUAUAUCAACAUACUAUUCUGAAUUCUUCUUCUUCUUCUUCUUUUUUUUCUUCUUCUUCUUCUUCACGCAUUUAUCUGCCACUAUACAAGCCUCUUAAUAUACUUUGGUGUAAAUACAGGCACAUCUUAUAUGUGCCUGAACCAACCAAAAGUCGUUUUCUUUCUUUCUUGUGUAAAUGUGGGUUUAUAACUCUGAUCAACUAAUGCCAAAUGAGCGCACUUCCUUUUUCCUAAAUCAA